CCUUAUCGUUCCCAUUGCCAUGUUUUGCUGUCUGUCGGGUGCUGCAGCAUGCUUUUCUCCUCAGCAGCGGGGGGAAGGUUGGGGGGAAUGGACAUAGACAUCUCAGCAGCCAUAGCUCCCCCCCUCGGGGCUGUGGGGGUUCAGGCUCAUGGGGGCCUUCACAAUCAGCUUGCCCUGUGUGGCUCCUCUUUCCCUUCUCUGUGAAGCACCCAGGGCUUAGAUCAGGCUGGAGCAGUUGUUGAAAUAAUUGCAUCUCUGGAUGGAAAGAGAGGAGGCUGCUUCAAGAGGGCUCCUGUCCUCCAUCCCCCUAAAUCAGCUGAACGUGGCAGCUGGUAAUGCCAGUGCCUCACACCUUCCACUGUGCCUGUAAUGUCCUGUGGAUGCCAUCUGCCUCCUAUAUUUGUGCAGGAGCAACAAAAAGCAUUUGUGUGGGAAGUUCCUGCCACAGGUUGAGGGUGGUCAGAAGCGAGCUGAGAUUGACAAACCACCAAGAAGGAGGGGAUACUGAAGCAGUGACAAGCUCUUUGCUCUUGGCACCUGUCCCAGGUGACUGCUCCAACAUCAGUGCUAUUCCCAGCGGGCCCAUGGAAGGAAAAGAGCCAUCACCUAGCCUCCACUCGGAGGAGAGCAGCGUGUUGGACCUGCCCUCUGUUUCUGUUUGUGACCUAGCAGAGAUCUUCCAGCCUUCAAGCAGCACUGAGAGCAGUGAGGAGCCUUUUCGUUCUCCGGAUUCUUUUCCCUCUCCACUCCCAGCUAUCUGUGUUUGUCCGUUGCUGUGACCUAAUCCAAUUCCAGCUGCAGUAAUUUCAUUGUGGCAAUUGUUACUCAGGUGGCUGCGAGGCGAUUUUGUACGUAUGUAUGCCAAUGCGAUUUCAUCUUCCCAGGCUGCUCACUGAGCCUUAGCUCUUUAAAAAAGGAAUUAAAUCCUGGACGCAAAUGACAGAGAACGAGACGCUGUUCAGUUCUUUAUGAAUCAUUUUCUACCCUCUGAAGUGCAAAUGCGGACUUCUUUUGAGAUGGAAAAUUGUAGGUCAGGAACAGAAACCAUCCAAAUGUGGUUUUUACAGAAGAAUGAGCAAAGUUUAGGCUGUAUAAAGCCUGGGCCUUGCAGCUGUCACUUGUAACCACCGUGCUGCCAUUGAAUAUUGUGGGGGCACAGAAGAGCUUCUAAAUAAAAGAAGACCUGAAGAAUUCGUAUUGACAAAGAUCCAGGCUGAUACCAGGCCGGGAUGGCAGCCAGAUGCUCCUGGCUAUGCAAAGCUCUAGAUUGUAGUGCAGACGUGGCCAAAAAGCUCAUCCUUGUUUUGGGUUCCUCCUUAAUGGGUGCUGUAAAUAGGUUUUUAGCUGAGUGUGUAGUACAGAGAUUUUUCUGUGUUGAAGACUUGUUUUUUUUGCAGUUCUACUCAGCUUUUCCAAAAUCAUUAGAUCCGUUCCUUGGAGUCAUCAGUGGAGGUCAAUCUGUCCUGGAGCAACUGGAUACCAGAUGUUGGCAGCGGGCUGAUGCUGCUGGAAGGAGACAAGCAGUGACUGAACUUAAUGGUCCCCUGUAAGAUGAAGGUCCGCUUGGGAUGGCCGCCCUCCCUACACUGGGCUCCCAUCUGAAACGAGCGAGGAAUUCCUCUUUGUAUCAGAUUCCCUUGAAUUUUACAAGAGAAAUUCCUUGCUUUGCCUCAUCUGCUUGAUUUUGCCCAGGGACUGUUUUUACUACUUGCUGCUCACUCAGGCAAGGAGAACCAUUUCUUCCCGUGGUUAGGAUGGAAAGCCCUCUAGCAGAGAGCCUCAUCUGCAUCCUAGCCUGACUCCAUCCCUUCAGCAAUAUUGUGGCUCUGUGCAGGGAUGCUGAAGUAUCAAUAAAAAGGAUAUGGGGUGAAAAAAAAGUGUAGAAAAGGAAAGGGAAAUAGGAGAUUCAAGUGUCUGUGAGGUUGAAGGAGAGGUAGAUCCUAUGGAAAAGGAGUUUUGUUGUUUAAUCUGUCUCUAGGUUUGAUUUUUUUUUUUUUAAUUUCAAAGCUGAGAAGCUCUAGGAACAAUCCUGAUGUUCCUGUUGGUCGGGAAGGCCUGGGAAGCAAUGGCAGUGAUGGAGGGAAUAUUUCACGCACUGGUGGGUGCUGGCCAGCACUUCCUCUUUCCCUGUCACCUUGGAACACCAUUUUAAUUGCAGCACAUUGCUUUUUCACGGAAGCUGAUUAGUGGUGGCAUGUUGUUUGGAUCCAGCAAGCGCCCUGCCUCUCAUCUUGGGACAUCUCUGUCCCAGUAAAAGUUGGGCAGGGCUUUUCAUGCUGGUAUACAUCUAAAACAAGAACAAUAAAACCAAGUAUGUGGGAGCAGCAGGAGAUGCAAUAGUACAAUGACAGCAGCCACAAAACGUGCUGGUGUACACGUGAAAGUUUCCCAUCACUUCGGAGCACAAGAGCUGCUGUACAACCGAAACCUUUCCACCAAAUCUGUUUUGUUUUCUUCUUCAUUGAAGAAAAAUGAAAAUGCACGCCUUGAAUCAUCAGGACAGUGAAAUAACUGGAUGAAGUUCUAUGGGAGUGUGACUGUUCCUGUUUCUGUGACACUUCAUGGGGUCUUUUCGUCUUCAUUAGUCUUUUUUGUGGGUCUCCUAAGAUGUUGGAUCCUUUCUUUUACAAUAAAGCUGCUCUGUGCAGCUCGGCGUUAUGGUUUUGUUGCAGUGCAGAUCCUGCAGAAGUGACCCCAGACGUGUGUGUCUGCGCUGAGCAGCCAGCAAAUGGCAGAACACGAAGUGGCUGCGAUAACCUCGUUAUGUAAAGCCGGCGUUACCAUUCCCUGCUGUCUGCAGAGCGUGCUUGGGUCUCUCAGCUUGUCAGCUGCAUUGCUCCAUGUGUGGGUGGCCGAGUUCUGCGAGAACGGCUUAAAAUCCCAAUUUAAAUCAUGAAGGAUGUGUCUGGUUGGGACAGAACAGGCAGAAAGAGCAAAUGGCCUUGGAAAACAACGGGAGCCAUCCCCAGCCAGCCGGCUGAUUCCUCUUGUGUGCCUGGCACAGGUUAGUUUAGGCAUUUGGGGGCGCAGUGCAGCUGCAUCAGCCUGAAAUGCAGCUGUGCCCCCCCGUAAGGAUGCUGCAGGGCUUCCAGUUGUCUCUGAGCUUCAUGAGACAACAUCUUCACUCAGAUGCUUCGGGGCGCAUCACCUGUGGUCCAGCUGUGAGCAGCAUUUGUGCUUUAGAGGGAGAUUUAAUACUCUAGUCAUAUGCUUAGAUAACAAAUGGAACUCGCCAAGUCUCUUUUAAAAGCUGUUGUUUCCAUUUCUGUUCUCUUAAACUUACUGUUUUGCUGGAA